CUAGGUGGUGGCCUCGCCGCUCCGACACCGGAAGCGGCUCCGCGGGGGGAGGGGCCCAGGACCUAGCCGGUAGUAGCUGUCGCGGCCGUUGCCCAGGUACCUUCGGGGCGGAGGAGCGGAGCCAGCAGCCGUGAUUUGUGGCCGCCUUUCUCUUUGGGAUCUGAAGAGCGAUGGGGAACACAAGCAGCGAACGUGGCGGCGUGGAGCGUCAGGGCAGCCAUAAGACGCCUCGGAGAGACGGCGGAGGAACGAAGGAUGGAGACAGGCCAAAGAUCUUGAUGGACAGCCCCGAAGAUGCCGACUUGUUCCAUGCUGAGGAAAUAAAGGCUCCCCUCGAGAAAGAAGAGUUCCUGGCCUGGCAGCAAGACAUCGAGGUGAACGAGAAGGCGCCCACUCAGGCUCGGCCGACCGUCUUCCGCUGGACCGGAGGUGGCAAAGAGGUUUAUUUAUCCGGCUCGUUCAACAACUGGAGCAAACUUCCCCUGACACGGAGCCACAAUAACUUCGUAGCAAUCCUCGAUCUCCCAGAAGGUGAACACCAAUACAAGUUCUACGUGGACGGUCAGUGGACACAUGAUCCUUCAGAGCCCGUCGUGACCAGCCAGCUGGGGACCGUCAACAACAUUAUUCAGGUGAAGAAAACAGACUUUGAAGUAUUUGAUGCUUUAAUGGUGGACUCCCAAAAGUGCUCUGAUGGUUCUGAGCUGUCUAGUUCACCCCCUGGACCCUACCACCAGGACCCCUACAUCUGCAAGCCAGAAGAGCGCUUCAAGUCUCCCCCGAUCCUCCCUCCGCAUCUGCUGCAGGUUAUCCUCAACAAAGACACUGGGAUUUCGUGUGAUCCGGCCCUGCUUCCAGAGCCUAACCACGUCAUGUUGAAUCACCUCUAUGCGCUCUCCAUCAAGGACGGGGUGAUGGUGCUCAGUGCCACCCACCGUUACAAGAAGAAAUACGUGACUACCUUGCUGUAUAAGCCCAUAUGAAAGAGGAGCUGGGCGGCCCGGGCGGAUGGAGCCGCAGCAGAGGGAACAAAGGGAGAGUGCGCCCUUUCAAGCAGUAGCAGACCCGCUGUCAAAAGCAUACUUUUUUUUUUUUAAGAAGAGCCCAAAUCUGUUGAACGCUGGCCUUGCUCGCUCUCCCUCCUGCUGUGAAUAUUCUUUCGCCGCACAAGGAUGUAUGUAAUCUGGUUCUGCCAAUCAAGGGUGUGAGCUUUUGAGGGGUUGCCCUGUAGUCCUCCCCUCCUACCUGCGGGGGAGGGGAAGAGAGGGGGAAUGAGGACACCGAAGCUGCAGAGGACAUUUAGUUUGUGGCAUUAUAAUAAAAUAAAUCCUUGAAAUGGUCACCUAGCACGGCUAUUCCAGUCUACUGCUGGAUGGAGGUGGCCGUUAAAUCCUUCAAGCCCCCCCCCAAGCAUCUUUGCUUUUCUCAUACAGCAAUAGGUGGGAGAGAGGGUCACUUUUCUCCUCUAGCAACCUUGCCACGGCCCCAAAGAGUUAUUUUGUUUUAUUUUGGUUCUUUUCCUCCCUGCGCUAGUUGCCUUUCGUAAUCCAGACCCUCACCAGGUUUGAGACUGCUGGCAAAGGCAACCAGCUUCAGUGGCUUUCAGCAGAACGUGCUUGUGCGUCCAGUAUUAUUGUGCGUCCAGUAGCCUGCUUUCAGUCGACUAGCUGGCCUGAUGGAUUUAGGGUCUUGAGCAAAACUGUCCAGGUGCAGGAUGUGACAAUUGAGCUAGAAGCAUCUGAAGCUGCUGAGAAGCUCAGAGACCCAGCCGGCCGGGCCCUACAAGCCUUGGCUCCUGCUGCUGUUACACCUGUUGGGAUAGCUGGGCAAGAAUUGUGGCCCCACCUCUUUCCUAAAGGUUAGACUCCUGAGCAAUAGUGCUGCCCUUCUCCAGAGUAGAGAUGUGAAGGCCCAGAGAGAGAGAUAUUGGGGUGGGGAUUUCCACCGAAGGCACUCAACAUCUGGGCUGGGGGGAUCAGGAUGCUUCUCUGAAAUAGCUGUGGCCUUCCCUGGCAGCAGUGUUGGGAAGGGGGCUGAUCAAGGGACUGCCCCUGUCAUGAGUCUGCUUGCCCCCCUCCUGCCAGUUAAAGUGUCAGCACCCUGAGGUGCAUACACUCCUAAGCCUGUUGAAGAGCCAGCUUGUGCCUUCUUAGCCGAGGGAGACUGUGUGGCUUUUGCCUCUUUCUCUGGCUCCUUACAUUUUUUGAGGCCUUUGGGCAGUUCUGCUCCUUUUUGGGCAGCUGAAACGGAUGUACGGCUACUACAUACACCCUCUAGGAUGCAGGAGGCGGCUGACCUGUGGUCUUCCAGAUGUUAACGGACUACGGUGUCCCUGGCUCACUGGCCAUACCAGGCGGGCCUGCUGGGAGCCACAAGUUCCCUGUCCCUGUUCUAGAGUGCGGUUUGGAACAGUAUUUCUUGUCCACUCUUCUGCCUUGGGUUUGCUGUUGUAUUGUUGGUUCUCUUUGGGAAAUCAGUUUCUUUUUAAAUAAAAUCAGUAUUUGGAAAUAA